AUGUGUUUCUUAUCUAAUACAUAAACAUCACUUUUCUAGGACUCAUUUCCAUGCAUUCACCUCCUCCUUGAAGUCCUCUCAAGAUCCUGGAGGAUCAUUCAGAGGGGUCUUGUAGCAUCCUAUAUUGCAACUAGUAAAGUCCAGGGUAAAGAAGCAAAAAGGGCCUUGGCACAGUAUCCACAGAUGGUGAAUUCUGCUGCACGGUGAGAUGUUCAGAGUUCCCCCCACCCACACACAUGGAGGGUCCAGGAUUUAGUCUCUCGGGGCCCGGGGGGCUGGACCUGAUCUCAGGGCAGUUCAAAGAUCAGGGCCAAAAACUUUAGCUAGUUUUUUCAAGACACCCGCCGCUACACCAAGGUGUAUGGAACAGCUCCAGGAUGAAUUCACCAGGAGCUGAACCUCAGAGCUGCGGCUCUGCAGUGGGAUUAACUUUACCAGCAUCAGGGAGAAAAGUAAAAGAGUCGAAGGAUGCUCUCUGCCUGGUCUCCCAAGAUUCCUUUAAUCCAGAGAUUUGGAAGCAAAAGAGGGACAGCAGCCCUCUAGAGGUUUAUAAGUAGGCAAAAACCGGUGGGCAGGUACAAACAGCCGGCCAGUGGGAUAACCUUAGGGGAGGAGUAGGGGAGUGGUUUACAUCAGGGGUGCAUACACCUUAGGGGGAAACAAGCUUGGAACAUAGGGAGGGAUUUGGAAGCAACCAUUAUCAGAGAAUCCGGAUUACGAAACUGAAAGCUAGGGUAACCUCUUGUGUUCACUGAGUGCUGUGAUAUUAAAGGUGACCUUGCCUUGAGCUUUUCCUUUGGCCACGUGCUCUUGCUUCUUAUUACAGAACUUGCCCCAGAACCACUGCAGACCUCCAAAUCUGUUUUUGCACUGGCUCCAGCCAUGAUUACAAUCCUGUGUGGUCCUGAGGAGCACAUUGGAGCUGGGCUUUCCUCCUCCCUCCUGGGUCCUAGAACCCUAUGGCCAGGAGGAGCAGGGACACUGCCGGGGGUCCCAGGUGGAGCAGGGGAGGAGUGGGAAUGUCAGGGGAAAUAAAAUCAGCCCUGGGUGGGUUCUGGGGUGUCAGAGCAGGCUGGAGGGGGCAGGAGAGGGUCAGAGGAUGUUGAAGGGGGACUGGAUGCUGGCAAAGCCAGAGGACAGCGUGACCAGACAGGCCACUCUCAAAUGGGGGAGCAGCUGCUGUCUGGGAAAGCUGUGGGAUGUGAUAGGAUGGGGUGAGGAUGGAGAGUGGGGUGGAAAUGGAGUGCAGAGAUUGGGAUAGGAUAGGAUAGGAUAGGAUAGGAUAGGAUAGGAUAGGAUAGGAUAGGAUAGGAUAGGAUAGGAUAGGAUAGGAUAGGAUAGGAUAGGAUAGGAUAGGAUAGGGACCAGCUCAGCUCUGCUUCCUUGGGCUCAGGGGAGGUAUGGGCAAUGAUCCCAGAGCUCUUCCCAGAAUUGGAGCUGCUUCUGAGAGGCACCCAGCUGACUCACCAGCACUUCCAGCACUGCCAGAAUUUCAGUGCCACCAGCACCACCAGCAUCCCUCUGCUGCUGGAGGGACCAUGACCCCUCAGGGAAGAGAAACAAGGAAUGGUAGAAAGCUGUCAGGAGAGGGAAGGCAGUUGGAGAAAGGAACAAUGUGCAGGAAUGGAAUGUUUCUAAUCAGGAGAAAAUAAAGCGGCAUUUGUAAAAUAUUUCAUUUUGAGCUUUUGACAAGACUCACUUCCUCUGUAGCAAAAACCCAAAGAUAAAUAUCUCGGAGGAAGUUCUGACGUAGCCAAAGCUGCAAUUUCUGACUCCGCUGUGACUCCACCAAGCCCUGGGGAGCAACACCAGGACAGGGCACAGAGAGGAGCCAGAGGGACAGGAAUGGGGAGCUCCUGGUGAUCUGGGCACUUUGUCCUUCAUGUCACUGACCUGGCAGGAGCCGCUUUAGGACAUGGAUCCCAAAGGAGCAAGAGGCACCAGGAAGUGCCACUGAUCUGCACAGACCCCUUUGCCUGCUGCUGCCCCACAGGGAACAGGGAGCUGCUGAGGAGCCACAUGGUCCAUCCCUGGAUUCUCCAAGCACUGACUGCCCAUCCACUCUGACCACAGCCAGGCCACAUCCCACUGCCUGCCCAGCGUCCAUCCAUGGAGGGGAGCACCGUGUCCCCAUCUCCUGCCUCACCCACUGAAGGAGAUGAUCUGUGUGAGAUAGAUGUCACCACCGUGGCCAUACACAAUGUGGCACUACUUAUCUGCAUCUGUGGGCUGGCUGGGAAUGGGGCUGUCAUCGGCCUCCUCAACCUGAAAACCCUGAACUACGGCAUCUUUGACCUGGCUGUUGCUGAUUUCCUCUUCCUCGUCUUUGCGGUCCCCUCCGCCCUCCUCUUCCUGGUGGAGGACGUGUCCUGCUCUCGUAUAGUGCCCCUGCUGUACCUCAGUUUCCUUUUCCAUCUGUCAGUGGUCUCCUGCUACUGGGGGCUGUUUCGACUGAUGCUCAACAGCAAUGUGCUAUAUAUGUACAAGCUCUGGAAGCUCUAUUGGCAUUACGACCUUCCUGAGCGACUGGUGUGGGUGGUGGAGAGUGUCCAAUACUCUGCCUUCUUUGCUCUGUUUGCUGUCAUUCCUGCAGUGACAUUCCUGUGCCCUUCACAUGAGCGGGAGCACUGCCGUGUGCCUCUCAUCUCCAUGUACAGCCUCAUCCUGCUCCUCUUUGUUGCACCUGUGGUAAUUUCCAGCUCAAUCGAUUUCAUUAAGGCCAAGUGGGGCUCCCAGCAGCAGCAACCCAAGAGGCGCGACAUCGUUAUUGUCAUCACUGUGCUCUUCACUCUCCUCCUCAGUUUCUGCAAUUUCCUGCAGCAGCUCGGUUACAUCGAUGUGUCCUCCCAGACUGUUUUCCUGCUCACCUGCAUCCACAGCAGCAUCAAACCCUUCAUUUACUUCUUGGCAGGGAGAUGCAGGAGGCCCUUCUCCGUAGAUUCUCUUUGGCUCUCCCUCCAGAGAGUCUUUGAGGAGCCAAAAUUAAAAACUGACGACAGUGAUGAUAGCACCACAGACACAGCAGUCUGAGCCUGCUGAUCCCUUCCACUGCUCUGCAGAAGGACCCCAGGAGAGUAGCUGAGGGUUUCCGUGAGCAACCUGAUUAAUCAAUAGCCACGGGAUCAGCCUCCCUGUGGUGCUGUAUUCCUGCAGGACAAGGGAGCAGGGGCAUUGCCUUGGGUGAUCUUUGUGGGAUGCUCUGCAGGGAGCACACUGGAGCAUGGCUUUCCUCCUCCCUCCUGGAUCCACAUGGCUCCAAGCAGUGCAGCUGGGUUCUGUGCUGUUCCCCAGCUCU